GGAGUUGAGUUGGGAGGACCUCUUCUUUAACAAGGCGGCGAUGCUGGCCGCGGCGCAGGAGGAGGAGGAGGCGGAGAAGGAGAAGGCGCGGGAGGUAGAGGAGAAGGCGCGGAAGGCGGCGGAGAACCGGCGGCGACGCCUAGCGCACCAGCAGGUCAAGGCAUCCAUCCUGGAGCACGACCCCAAGACGAAGCGCAAGGUCUACACCCGCUACUCCUUCAACGACUUCUCGGUCUUCGACAUCAACGCCGAGUCGCCUAUCCCUCCAAUGCGAUACACCAAGAGGUGUGUAAAUGGUUUGGAACUCCAAGACACUGCAAACAUACUUACUGUCAAGAUAGUCUCCUCGGAUAAAGGCUUCCCAAUCGAUGUGUAUGGCACUAUCAUCGCUAGAGACAACAUCGACCACAAGUGCAUGUACCUCUUUAACCGCACCAGGGACAAUUGCCAACCUAUCAAGUCAAGGGAUGAAAAUUUGAUCUUAACUGGCCCAGUUCGAGGUCUGGUAUUACUUGAUUUCAUAUAUCUGGAGAUAGAUCUUAAAAUCAAGGUUGGCGAGGAGCCUCUCGGCGAGCAAAUCAGCAAGGGUUUGCUUAUGAUUGAUGGACGAGUUCUGCCUAGAGACGAAAAGGUUGCUGUUGCACAUCAAACUCUUGAGAGCUGGUUUAGUAUUGUGGACGUGAGGUAUGCAACUCUUCUUAAUGCUGUUGAGGGUACGUUCGAGAUCAAGUUACUUGAGGGACGAUUCUGUGGAAAGAUCAUGGCUGGCAUCGAGGGCAUUCAACCUAGGAUUGUGAUUUAUAAUAGCAAGGAAGACGGUGUGGUGUCUUGUGAAGGACGUACAGAUAUCACACUCCGGCGGCGAGUCAUGACCCUCCGUCUGAAUGGUAUGCUCACAGUUGGCUUUGCAGUCUGUGGUGGUUGUGGUGCUGCUACUAGAAAACAGAAAGUUGAAUUCACACCACAGCACCGUGGUGAAGAGAAAAAUGAGAUUUCUUGUGGUACUGCCAAGCUUCAAGUGAAGGUCUUCUGGUCCUUGAUGGACUAUAGGCCGUAAUCCUGUAGCAACAUGACAAGCUAAGUUGUGGUGUUAUCAUGCUUCAAAUGUCCAGGUACACCUACGGCCUACAUCGAGAUAUCUCCCAGACCACCCGGGUCCAAUGUCCAGGAGAAGAGAGCAUCAACAUUUUGCAAUAGCAGCAUCACACAGGACAUUCAAGGACAUCUAACCAACUCAGGAAGAUGAAAAUAAAGGAAGCUCAUGUGUGUGGCUGUGCGUAUUGUACAAGUUACUGUGCGCAUUCUAGCUAGCUGGUGUGUCGAUCGAAACGAGUUGCUAUAUACAGGUUGCCACGCGCGGCGCAGUUGCUUCUUCCCUGCAGCCCUGGGUUUGUGGGUUCCAAGUCCUACUCUAGUCGGAAGGCUCAUGUGUGAGUCCAGUAUACUCCAGUUACAAUG